AUGAAGAAUACAAUUUUUAAUUUGAAUCUCAACAGUAGUAACACACUCAAUACCAACAACACACUCAACACCACUACCGUAGUGGACACUAAUAAUAUUAUUAAUACAGUUGAUAAGGUUGUGGAUAAAGUAGUAGAAAACGGAUCUGCGAGUGUAGGAGAGGAAACAUUGGAGACAGAGUUGAGUAAACCAAGGCUCCAAAGUCAAAAAGAACACACACUUACACAAUUACAUAAUUUCCAUAAUGAAGUUCUUAAUCUAAUUAAUAAUGAAGAUUUCAAUGAAGAUAAUGAAAAGAUUUCAACCAAUGAUACUAUUUUAACUGAUAAGAUUUUAACUAAUACUAUUUUAACUAAUACUAUUUUAACUAAUGAUAAGAUUUUAACUAGUGAAGAUUUUAAUGAAAAUAAGACUCAGAAUUUGAAUGAAGAAGUUAGAAAUUUUAAUGAAGAUAGCGAGAAUUUGAAAUUUAGUGAAAAUAAGACUCAGUAUUUGAAUGAAGAAGUUAGAAAUUUUAAUGGAGAAAAUGACAAUUUGAAAUUUAGUGAAAAGCAUUUGAAAGAGAAUGAAGAAAAUUUUAAUAAAAAUUUAAAAUUUAGUACAAAUAUUUUAAAAUUUAAUCAACUUUUCAAUCAAAACAACUUAAAAUUUAAUGAAAACUUAAAAUUUAAUGAAAACUUAAAAUUUAAUGAAAACUCAAAAUUUAGUGAGAACUUAAAAUUUAAUGAAAACUUAAGUUUUAAUCAAAGUAAUUUAAAUUUUAAUCAAAGUAAUUUAAAUUUUAAUGAAAGCUUAAAUUUUAAUAAUAUUUUAAAUUUGAAUCAAGACAAUUUUGUUUCUAGUGAAAAAAAUUUUAAUUUUAAAGAGAAUGAAAAAUUUGAUAAAACAUCAAGUCACUUGGGUUUAGGAACAUUUGAUAGCCUAAACCAACCAACUAACCAAUUGAAUGCCAAUAACCAGUUGCCAAACGAUUCACACACACACAACACAUUACACACUAACUCUUAUAACACACUCAAUAGUACAAUCAAUGAUAUGAUCAAAUCUCUCAACCACUCACUCAGCUCCAAUAACUCGGAAUUUAACAGCGGGAACUACAGUACAGACCUCGGUACUAACUAUGGCACAGAGUUCGGUGAUUAUGCAGUUGACUUUAAAGCCUCUAGACUAACCAGUGGACUAGACUACUGUGAAUCCGGCUACUCCACCUUCAGAGAUCAACUAACCGAAUUUAAACCUGAGUCACUAGACUACAAAGGUGAUUCACUUGAUUUUAAGAGUGAUUCACUAGAUUUUAAGAGUGAUUCACUAGACUACAAAGGUGAUUCACUAGAUUUUAAGAGUGAUUCACUAGAUUUUAAGAGUGAUUCACUAGACUACAAAGGUGAUUCACUAGAUUUUAAGAGUGAUUCACUAGGCUAUAAAGAUAGUUUAACAGAGUUUAAAGAUGAUGCGCUGGGAUUAAAGGAGGACAUAUUUGGGUUUAGAGAUGACUUGGCGGGAUUUAGUGAGUUUGAAAAGGGACUCUUCUCAAUGUGUGACGAAACCUCCACACAACAAGGCUCAUCACUACUCUCCUCUCCUGAACAACCCAACACCAACAACUCUAUCAACUCUAUCAACUCUAUCAACUCUAUGAACGCAAUGAAUAGUGUGGAAAAGAGUGAUGGAAGAUUAUUGCAGUAUUUGAAUAGUGUUUCAACGAGUUUCGGUGAUUCAAAUUACUCUUCAGAAUCGCUUUAUCACAACUAUUACUCCAACUAUGGUAAACACUACGGUAAAGGGUACGGUGAGGAGGAAUUUGACAUGGGAUACUACGGAAACUACAUCGACUUGAUAGAAAAAGAAGAUGAAACACCGUUUACACAUGUUGUUAGCAGUGUUAACACUGUAGCUGACACUAUUACUCCUCUCUGCUCUGAUACUAUCACACCUCUGUGUUCGGAUACUAUCACGCCCUUAUGUGCCGACACUACAUUCAGUGCUGAUACUACGCUGUGCGGUGAGACUGUGACGCCAUUGUGUUCAGAGUUGAACACGGAGUUUGCAGAAUCAGUACAUGGACUCCUGGAACGUUAUUUAAUGGGUGAUAUUACAGUGGAGAAUGAACUGUUCUCCAUGUUUAUGACAGAGUUCACCGUGGAACCUUCUGAAGUCUACAACACCAUCAUCAAAUACUGCAAUCACAAACUACUAUUACCCUUCUCACACAAACUUUUAUUAUUGUCGAAUCAACUCACUGACACUGUCAACUCUGUGAACAGUGUGACCCCAGCAAGAGGCGUGACUGUGGAAGUGUAUACUGAGACUUUGGUAUCAAUUCUGAGUAUACCAGAUACAGUCCAAUUAUCAAGAUCACUGUUGAAUCAUCUGCUAUCAUAUCAGUCCAAUGGUAUAGACUCUGUGAUAAAGAAGUAUGUCACAAUGUUAAUCCAGUUGAUAAGAAAGGACCCAGGAGUAAUGGAACGGGUCUUAAAUAUAUUAGAAAAUCAUCAAGGCAGAUUAAAUAUUAAGUUGAGUUGUCUCAUUGUUGGCUAUUUGGUACAAAUUGAUCUCUUGGGGAAGCCGAAAUUUGAUAAUUUCCUCAAUCUGACAGAUUCUGAUUGUACCACCACACUGUCCAGAAUGUUCAGAAUGUUGUUCUAUUCUAAGCUGACGACGGCGGUUAAAUUCGUCUUAAGAUUUGUGGACGUGAUGGUGAACCCGAAUUUCACAAUAGAUUUCAUCGAGAGUAAUAAAGUUCUACUGCUGUUUCUGGAAUUCUGCGCCAUCAACUUUGGCCUAAGUUAUGGCACCGUAGUGGUGAGACUACUGGAGAAAAAAUGCUUCAACGCCCUGUCAUUUAUUAAUUCCCUACAACUUGCGUUAAUUAUUGAUUACCCCUCAGUGGUUACAAAGAUUGCACUGUCGUCGCUACAGACUCUGAAAAGUGUUGUGCCAAUUGAGUUCACCAACGCCAACUUUGGGAAAUUUGAAUUCAUCACACUGGAAAAUAUUAAUCUCCUCAUCCAAACCAUUGGUAAUGGUGGUAGUGGUAACACUGUCAAUACUAACACAGUCACCACCAACUCAAUCAACAGUAACACAGUAAACAGUGUGAGCGGUAGGUUGGUGACAAACUUAUUGGACGUGUGUAAGCAAUUGUUUGGAAGUGAUAAUAAGGAGUUAUUUGUGCCACUGGUGGAGUGUUGUUUGUUGGCCGAGGAUUUCCAAAGCUGUGAAUCCGUAAUGAAGUAUUACUGUGACUACUAUGGCAUGAUUUCAGAACCCAUUUGUGAAAAAGUACUCCUGUCCAUAGCUCUAAAGGGGAAUUUUAAUCACGUCAACAGAUUACUCAAGGGCACACAAUCUUACGAAUCUUGUGAAGUCUUCCUCACACAUUCAUCCUACAAUAAUGAUACAGAGAAUGGAAUGACAAAUGGUACUGCUGGCACUGGUAACUCUGGGAUCUCUAACUCCAGUACGAUGACCAAUGGCUUGGUUAGGAUUAGUACGUAUUUAGUCCGUGUCUGCAUAGCGAUAUUGAACUUCACAGUAGCGUUAAACUAUGUGAAACCGUUACUGCGUUCAAAUCAUCAGAACGAGGAGAUCAGCUCCAUGCUAAUGAUGGUAGCUACGAGAUUAGACUCGAGAUCUAAGCUAGACUCUUUCUUAACCUUUUGUGAAAGGACGAGUAUCCUCAUCAAUGAAGCCUGUUACAAUGUCAUCCUAGACUCCUGCAUUAAGCUCAAGAAUAAUAAAAGACUAUUAAGAAUUAUUAACAAGUUUAGAGUCUGGGGACUGUUACCAAAUAUACAAACCUUCGGGAUCAUCAUCAAAACACUGUCUUCCUCUAAUCUUAUUCACGAUUGUGAGGAAUUGUUCUAUCAAUAUAUUAAUUCCAACGGUACUAACGGGGUUAACGGGGUCAAUGGUGCCAACGGUAGUGUGACUGGUGGUACAGUAACUAGUGGUACAGUGACUGGUGGUAACCAGGUAAGUAACCCCGUGACUCCAUCUGCAAGCACCGUGACGAAUAAUGAAAUAGUGUACGGAUGUAUGUUUGAUGCAUAUGUGAAUAACAAUAGUGUGGAUAGCGCAAUGAGAUUAUUCGAGGACAUGAAAGAGCGAGGCAAAGUGAAGCCCAAUACGAUAAUGUACACCACUCUGAUCAAGGGCUACGGUCAGAAUAAACAGCUAGACAAGGCUAUGCGUAUAUUUAGACUAAUGCAGCAGGACGGAGUACAGCCAAAUACCGUGACAUACAACUCAGUCAUCGACGCCUGUGCCAGAGUAGGUGAAAUGAACUCAGCCACAAGAUUACUAGAGGAAAUGUUAUCCUCAGGCAUAGAACCUGAUUUAAUCACUUUUAGCACAAUUAUCAAGGGUUACUGUGUACAGUCUGACAUGGACAAGUCGUUUCAGCUACUGAGUGUAAUGUAUGAGCGUGGGAUAAUGCCCGAUGUGAUUUUAUACAACAGUUUACUUGAAGGCUGUGUUAAAUCUGGUCUACUGUGGCUAUGCGAAAAGCUGUGGUCACAAAUGCAAGAGUAUAACAUACCGCCCAGUAACUUUACCCUCACUAUUCUGAUUAAGAUGUAUGGCCGGAGCGGACAGCUGGAUAAAGUCUUUGAACUAGCCGACGAGUUACCAAAACGGUACAACUUCAGUAUUAAUACUCAUGUCUACACUUGUCUCAUGAGCGCCUGUAUCACUAACGGCAAGUACUCUAUGGUCUUGGAUAUUUACAAGUAUAUGAAAAUCAACGGUGUUAAACCCGACGCCAAGACUUUUGAGACUAUAAUUCAAGGGUUAAGCAGAGGAUCACUGUUCAAGGAGGCGGCACAAGUUGUUAUGGAAGUUUACUCACUCAGUAAUAGUAACAACGGUGAAGCCCAAAUACCAAAUAUUAACAUUAAAAUACUACAGCGGCUCUUUCAACGUUAUUACAACUGCGUUGGCGGUUAUAAUGGAGGCUACAACGGGAACUAUAACACAGUUAACUCGCAGAAUAACGGCACCCUGAACACACACACUGGUACCAAUCACCCCGUUACUAAUCACCCUGUUACGACUCACAAUAGCUCGAAUAAUGUGAUACUGUUGAGUACGGCGAGUUCAGGAGUCUUGGGAGGAGUGGACGAUACGGAAGAGCUGAAUAGCAUCUACACCUCACUGGCAAGAAGACUGGAACUCUUUGGAAUUAAAAUACCCAAAUAUUAA